AAGAGAUAGAACUGUAUUUAGAAAAGAAUGAUCAGAGACAUCAGCUGAAUUAAGUAACUGGCCGGUGGGUUCCGGGGUGAGAAGGGGAAGAACAGUGUGGAUCCCCUGUCUCCCACAUCUUCGGCACAGUUUAAGUGGAACCCCGCUAUUUUCAGCAUAUCGGUACUACCGUUCCAGGGCCUACUUAAAAAUUAAUCCCCAAAAGAAGCUUCACUUACAUCAUACCAAUUUUUCUACCUAUUAUGUAUUUUCUCGUACAUUCCUACUCGCACCCAACCCUUUGCGAAUUAACAGCAAGCUCACAAGAACCAGCCUAAAUCGAAUUCAUGAAUCUUUAACUUCACUAACCCCGCCAUCGAGGUCCCGGACACAUGUCCCUCCCAACUAGCGUCGUCCGAGCGCAGUCAAACGCCGUGAGCAAAGCUACCCUGCGUGUACUUCCGCCUAUAGUAUACGCCGCAUCCUCAUCUUCUGUGUGCGCUACGACACCGACAAUAGCAUCGAAGUCCACUUUCACCAUAUCAAACCUAUCUUCACAUCAGGAAUUACCUCCAGUAUGGUUCAAUUCCUCAUUCCCGAGGUUCGAUAUCCCGUUUUCGGAUGGAAGAGAGCCUGAGAGUGAACGAAAGGUAAAACUGGGAAAAACUCUACGCAUUCUCCAAGAACGACUUCCAACCCUGUUACAAUCCCCGCUACCACAAGAGAUACUAUCCCCUCAUAUCUCUCUCCACCUAUUCCCCACGACACAUCCGUAUCUACCAACAGUAUCCGGUAGAGUUGCAUACAUAGCAGCAUUAUGGACGUCUCCAUUAGUUUGGAACCGAGUUCCCAUAAUCGGCAACGUACAGCUCGAAAUCCUAUCUGAGCGGAUGGUCAGCCAACCGUAUUACUCCUCCCCAAAACGACCCGAAGCGUUCGGGGAACAGCUAGUCGUCAAAUGGAGAACAGCCGGCAGCAAGUCAAAAGACGGUACAUUGACCACCAAAGAAGAUGGCGAACAAAAGCUCGACGAUAUCCUGAGAGGGACCCUAAGACUAGGAGAGAAAAAGACAUUUACCGGCCUAUUCAUCUUCGAAUUCGACAAGGAUGCCCGAGUGAUAAGCCACACGAUCGAGCACGUAGACGAGCACGGAGACUGGGAGAAGGGCUUAGGCGCCAAAGUCGUAGGUCUGACAGAUUGGCUCCUAGGCGGCAUCAAAGGGCGAUCAGACGGCGGCGCCCCCGCGUUAUGCGAAAUUUUCGGCAAGGAUAAGAAAAACGGGAGGUAGAUUGUGAUUCAAGCGGUUAUAGAGGGGAGUCUGAUUGCUUUACCAAAUUUUGGAGGAAGUUCGUUUUCAGGUCGUUGUAGUCCGCGAUGUACAUAUGUACCAUUAAAUGUCGCCCUAGUAUCAUCCAGUCACC